AUGUGCUCAACUGAGCCAAUGGGACCAACAUCGAUUUUAGCAUCGAAAAAAUUAUCAAAUAAAAAAAUAUCAUUAAAAAUGGUUGAAAAACGUCUUAAACAUUUACGAGAGGAAUUAAAGAAUUUGACACAACGUAACAUAACUGAUGUAACAAGUAAUCUUCUUAAUGAACUACAAUCCAGUAAUAAUGAUGAACAUCAUGUGCAAUAUAAAAAACGUGUAAAUCAUUUGUUAAGAUUACAUGAUAAACAAGUAAAUAAUUUAAAUCUCUGGCGUUUUUUUCGAUCCCAUACAAUUGAACACAUGUACGGAUAUGAAUUACGGCAGUCCGAUGAAACAUUUCAAACGAAAAGAAAUGAUUUUAAAUCGAAAUUAUUAUCAAUAUAUAAUGACAAACGUCGUUAUUUAGAUUUUGAACAUCAAAAUGUAAAUAUUCGUCGUCGUCAGUUUCCCAAUCAUGAACAAUUUAUGCUCAAUAAAACAAAUAAUAAUAAUAAUAUUAUUCAAUUCGAUGGACAUAAUCAUCAUCCAAAUGAAUCUGCUCAACAACAACAACAACAACAACGACCAACAUACAAUUUAAGACGAACAGUAGUAAAUGAUUUAAUUUCUGAAAAUGCGCCAACAACGUCAUUAAAAGAUUUAUCUAUAUUUAGUAGAAGUAGCUCUGUAUUACCACCAUUUGGUGGUAUUGAGUUACAACGUUGUUUAUCAAAUAAUGAUAUUGAAAAAGAUAUAAAAGAUAUUCAAGAUGGUCUCUCUCAUAAUGAAAUAACAAUUGAAAAAGAUUCGUCAGAAAUUAAAAUCGACGAUUUACAAUCUAAAUCUGUUAUUGAUGUUCGAAUUGAAGACGGUCGUUUAUGGUAUCAACGAGCAUGGUUCUCCCGUAAUUCGCCGAUACUUUUAGUUUUUGAUGAUCUUGAAAUAGUUCCUGCACUUGUUUUAACGGUGGGUCGAAAUGAUUUACUUGUACGUCGUUCGGGAACAAACAUAAAACAUCGUGUUAGUCUUUCACUUUUGUAUGAUGGUCAUUUAGCUAUUCGAAAACGUAAUUGUAUCUUUUAA